UUUUUACGGAUUAAUCUAGUCUCAAACUGAUUGUGAGCACUAUUUUUGAAACGUACUUGGCUCUUCUAUUGCUACUAUGAAAACUUUGUGGGAUCUAAUUCCCAGAAAAUAAAUGCAUCUGUUCUCAUGCACAGUAAAGAGGAAUAGCCCAACGAAGUAAUGCCAUUCAUUGGUUCUUUUGUAAAAAUUGAAAUCAUUUCAGUUCAUUCAACCGAGUCAACGUAAUUAGUAAGUGAGUAAUUCGGACUUCAUGUGAGGAUAAUGGUUUAUGAUAAAUAAAAUCUGGUGGUUUGAAUAGUCCUCAUUCGAUGAUAGCAUUUACUGAUAUUACCGACGCCGACGUUAUUAUGCGGGCUCGUUAUAUAUCAAGUCAUCCCUUGUUUUGAAGUGACUAGGGCCCACUCAGGCCCACUCUUCUCAUUCUGGCGCGAAUCGGAAUUCGUUGCUUGAAAUCGUGCAUUAUGUGCGAUGGCAGCUGUCGAAGAAAAGCAUAGGCGCACCGCCAAAGAUGUAGAGCAUGCGAUGAAAUCAUCAAACCUCGAUGAAUCGGAACUAAACGAUAUCGUCCAAAUUCUCCGAUUCUCACCCGAUUGCAAUGAAACUUCAGACAUCAAAUUUCUCGAGCUAAAUCCCCACUUGUUGGAAUCUCUGAAGGAAAAUGACUGUCUAUCUUUUCGUGGCUCUGACGAAGAGUCUGUUGUGCUAUGCACCAAAAACAGAACUUACAAAUUGAAAGAAGCUGAGACCUCGAAUUCUCUGUUGCUGGUCCCUGAUUUAAAAUUUUCCAAAGCAACAGCAUCCAAUGUUGCAGAAGGCAGAAUGUUGCAAGAAACAUCUGUCAGAGGUGUAUUUCACGUGUACUUUGAGGUUACUGAAUGCCAACCACUCCUAAGAAAGCUCCCUCAUCUGCUACAACCCACUGCAUUCAAUGGAAUAGAAUAUGAGAGCAUUGUAGAUCAAUCAAAAUUGUAUGAUUGGGAAAAACUCAGGGAAGAAAUACAAGCUAGUGAUGAUGAGCUCAGAGAAGCACUCUCCACUUUUAUGGUCGCAAAUAUCAAUGGGUUUCUGCGGCGUCUGACAUUUGAAUAUGAGACACGUGCAUUAACGAUGAUGCUGGAUUUGAUUGAGGAAAAUUCUUGGGAACCUGAUGAAAUUGACAAAGAAAUGUCAUUUGAUUUAUUAGCAGAAUUUAUUCCACAUUCUGUAUUCGAAGUUCUAUUUCAUGCAUAUGCAGAGCCUAGUGGUAAGAGUAAAAACGAUGGUCAGCCAUUGUUCAGGUAUAAUGAGAAACAAGUUUCGAGAUUUUUAGCUAAAGUACUGCUUGCAGCUUCACCCUGCAAUUCGUAUGAUGAGUUUAUGGCUGCCUGGAAAAUUGGAACACCAGAAGGCAUGGAACCACAAGAAUCGUGGCUGAGAGGAAUAGCAAUAAUUGUUUUCAAUUCACGUAAAAAUGUAAGAGAAGUGGUCUCAUACCCCGUGGAGGAUUUGCCCGACGAUAUUUAUGACAGAUUUGAUGAAUUGUUCAAGACAAAGGAACCAUGGACCAUUGAAGAAAUUACUCCUUACAUUAUUGAUCUCACAACAAAUAAGAUGAACGUCAAUGCGUUGUUAACGAAGUAUGCUAGAUCUUCAACAGUCAAUGGGAUUAAAUUGUAUAAUUCCAAGCAUGGUAGAUAAUACUACUAGAUGGAGUGAAUUAAUUUAAGUGAUGUGAUGUAAUUAAAUGAAUUUUCAUAUAAA